GGAAACCAAAGGAAGUAGCACUGCUUCAGAGACAGAAGCCAUAGCCUGAAGUACACAGUUGGAGAAGGAGCUUAUGACCUCUCCAGUAGGUUGCAUGAGGAGCUGAAGAUGGCGAAAGGUGAUAACGGAGUGCGCUUUUUCCAAGCCCUACUAAUUCUUGGCAAUGUGAUUAUUGGGAUGUGCGGCAUUGCGCUGACAGCAGAGUGCAUCUUCUUCGUGUCGGAUCAGCAGACUCUGUACCCUCUGCUGGAAGCCACUAAUAAUGAUGACAUCUAUGGUGCGGCCUGGAUUGGCAUCUUUGUUGGCUUUGCUCUCUUUAAUCUAUCUGUCCUGGGCAUCGUUGGAGUCAUUAAGUCAAACCGGACGAUGCUGCUGGCGUAUAUCAUUCUGAUGUUGGUCACAUAUGGAUUUGAAGUGGCUUCUUGCAUCACAGCAGCAACUCAUCGUGAUUUUUUCACACCCAAUCUCUUCCUGAAGCAAAUGUUGGAAAAGUAUCAGAACCCAGAGCCAGCCAACAAUGAUGAUAAGUGGAUGAGUGAAGGUGUCACCAGGACAUGGGACCGCCUCAUGCUACAGAAUCAGUGCUGUGGGGUGAAUGGCCCCUCUGACUGGCAGAACUACAUGUCUGUGUUCAGAAGCAGGAACAGUGACUCAGAGUUCCCCUGGCCACGCCAGUGCUGUGUCAUGGAUGUCCAAGGAAUUCCAAUCAACUUGGAUGGCUGCAAACUGGGCGUCUCCGGCUACUAUAAUAAUAAGGGUUGCUAUGACAUUAUCUCUGGUCCAAUGAACAGACAUGCUUGGGGUGUUGCCUGGUUUGGCUUUGCCAUUCUCUGCUGGACUUUCUGGGUUCUUAUCUGCACUAUGUUCUAUUGGAGCAGAAUUGAAUACUGAGGAUCCAGUGGCCUCCCAGCAACCCCUCUGAAGUGUUGGUGCAUGAAACUGCAUUCGUUCAUCUGUACUAUUCCUCUUGUGGUGUAGAGGAUUUGAGGCUCUCCCAGGCCCCCCAUUACCAUCCCUCCCCGCACUCCACCCCCAUCUCCCUGAAAACCAGACAGACUGAUACACUGAGCUGAUCCUUCCAAGAAAGAACAUGCCUUCCCUUAGCCUCACUGGAGUUCUGUAGGUUUUACACCUAUGAACUGACCCAAAUCCUUCAUUGUUCUGAAGACUUCUUGAGUCUGAGAGAUGCUCUGAUCAUUCCAGAGAUGGCCUUGAAAAGGGAAAUGGUCCAUAAAUGUACUUGCGCCAGAAAACAAUUUCUUUAAACUAGGGCUAAUGUAAAUGAUAUCAGAGCAAAUUUGAUGCACAAGGCUGUUGGUAUAUAGUAUAAGUGAGAGAUGCUGUCACAACACCAGAGGGCCUUCCUCCCUGCAAGGAAGAGGAAACUUAAACCUGUAACUGCCAAGUUUAUUUAACAUUCAUAUUUAGUUCUGGCCUCUGUUAAAGAUAUCCAUCGUCUAAGAAGGAGGCAGACCGUUUUCUAUCCACUGCCAUACCUAACUUCUCAGUCUUAAAGGAUAAAAGCAGGUUACUAGUCAACCCAAAUCAAAGGCUAGUUUACUACAUCAUAAUAUGUUUCCUACGUUUAAGCCUACCUCUGGUUUUUAUCACUGAUAAGCUAUACGACACCCAUCUCUGAAAUGCUGCCAAUGCAUGCAAUGUUUUGCCUCCUUAAUGUGACUCAACAGUUUUUUCACAGCUCCUUGGAGAUCUUGGAAAAAUGCAGUUUUGUUCUCAGAUGCGUUAACAGGACAAAAUAUUCCUCCUUUCCCAUCCCCAUCAGCCUACUCCACUUUCCACCUCUGGCUAACUCAAUGCAUAUAAUUGAGCCCCCUUGAUCAAGUACAGUAAUUUGCUUUCAAGGACAACCAUUAAUUCUUACUCAUAUGUUCUUCUACAACCUCACUGACCCUCAGUUCUGUCCUAGCAUAAACAGUUAAAACUCCCAGUUAGGUCAAAAGUAACUGUCUGCUUAAGUCAGGCUUAAAUGGGUCCAUUCUGGGUCUGGGGGUAAUUCCUAAUGAAUGUUUUGUAAGUUACAUGCAUUAUGUGACAUAUGCUCCUUGUACAGAAUGUUUUAUCUGAAAUCUGUUUAAGUGUAGGGGGUCAGCUCCUAAGAACCUACCAGCUGCCCUGAUUGUUCCAGUGUUUCUGUAUAUUCUCCAAAUCUUUAAUAAAAAAGCUGAGUUUCAAAUUCUCA